AUGUCGCAUCAGAGAUUCGGCUGGACUCACCAAGCUGAGCUGAUCGAUCCAGUCAACACGUCCCAAACACUGUUCCCAUACUCAGACAUCAAUGCCGUGGCAGCAACCUCCGCCUGCAUCAUCGCCGCAAGCCUCGCGCUCUUCUACCUCCAGAAACAUGCCCCCACGCCGCUGCGCCGCCCGCGCCGCCACACGCCGUCGGCCCUGACGCACCUGUUCCUGACUCUUGACUUCGCCAUCGAGUACCCGCUGCUGCUCGCCUUCCACCCUUGCACGCUGGCGUACCCGCGCGACCCCUUCGGCCGGGCCGAGCUGCCGUCUCUGCCCGCGCUGGUGGGCCAGGUGUGCGUGUGCUGCGCCGUCGAGGCCGCGUGCUCGCUGGCCCUGGCCCGCUGGAGCCGCAUGAGCCUCGACAAGUUCCCGGCGGCGGCGGCGGCAGGAGGAGAUCCGGCGCUGCGCUGCACCGUCCUGUUCCUGCGGCCGCGCGCCGCCGUCCUGCUCGCCGCCGCCGUGCUUGGCACGCCUGCCUCGUGCGUCACCCGCGUCACCGGCCGGCUGCACGGGGUUUCCAUGGCUGUUUGGAUCCUCGUGCAGCAGCACUUUGGCGCGGUGGGGGACCGGGUGUGGCUGCUUGAGGACGAGUAG